UAAUGCUCCAUUUCUCAUUUCUGGCUUUAUAACGCUACUUACUUGAGACUUGAGAGCUGUUUUGAUCCAAUAUUCUAAUGGCUAGUCAUUGUGGGAGUAAUACUGGGUGCGAUCGAAUAAGUCAGCUGCCGGAAGAUGUAAAACACAUAAUUCUGGAGUGCUUAAGCACACGGGAGGCUGCUAGAACUGCUCUGCUCUCAACUCAAUGGCAUCAUGUUUGGUUGCGGCACGGCCGGCUUGUCUUUGACUGGGAAUUCGAAGAAGGUUUACACGACAGAGCAUGCCCGAAUUUGGUGAAAACGAUAACUAACGUUCUUUUUCUCCGUUCUGGACCAGUUAAGAAAUUUCGGCUGCAGAUGAGUGAAACUACUCUUCAGAAACCCGACUUAGAUCUGUGGUGUCUUUUUCUAUCAAGAAAUGUGCUCCAAAGCUUAAAAGCCUUACUUUCACUGAUUGUUCGUUGCUUACUGAUUGGAAGUGGUUUGAGGUUCAUGUUCCAGUGAUCAAGACUCUUCACUUUUCUGCAUAUUCGUUUGGGGAAGUGCUUGCUUCUUGUUAUUCAAUUUCUUCAAAAAUGUCCCAAGCUCAGCCAACUGGAAAUUUACAUGGGAGUUGAGGAGGUUCUAAUAUCCAACAAUUGCCCUAUGUGUUUGAAUUUUG